UAUCCUAAGAAAAUGUAUAGAGAAGGGAAUGCGAACUUUUACAAUAAUCCAAUGAAGUCAGGCAAAGAUAACUUUGAUUUAACUUGUUAUAUCAAAGUGGGUUUUUCCAUGUACCUAAUAGUUACUUUAUGGAUAAUUGGAUUCCUAACAACUGGAGAGAGCUGAGGAGACUCUAUUCCUGAGUUCAUCUCCGAAUAUCUGUGGGUAAAAGGAGCUCAUUUGAUCCCAUUUACCUUAUUCAUUAUGCUGCUAACUAAUUUGGACAUUCUUACUGCCUGGCAAGGAAAGUUCACUAACCUUAUUUUUGCUAUUUACAUGAUGACAUGGAUCUGAAAAGCACUGAAAUUGUUCCUCUUCACUUCAGAAUCAGGAAUUGAGAACAACUGCUACGAAGUGGAUUGGUGGAUAUGGAUCUCCCACGUCAUGCUCUUACUAGAAGCUGCUGUAUAUGUGUAUUCUUUGAAGUAAUGGGAAAUAAAAAUGGUGACCUUCAAAA